UGUUGUCGCUCGGUCUCGCUGCUGAGUGAACGUUCCUGAGCGUAGACGAUCUUUGGCACUAGCGGCGCCUCUCUGUGUCAACAUCAGGAGAUGAACAACAACCAGCGGCAUUUAGCUGCUAAACAACUUAACGGAUGUAUGAUGUGCUUCCCUGUCUGAGUGAGCACCUAAAGGAGCGGUGUGUGGAGCCAGCUGGUCUGCAUUCAGCAGUGGCAGCCCUGAGUCUGACAUGCUGAUGGAGAAGUAAACCCCACUGAUGGAAACCCAGAGGAAAAGCUCUGGGGAUGACAGUGGUGGAGAGCGAGGCCUGCUCCACACCUGGAAGGGCUACUCUUGCAGCGUCACCCCAGAAAGGCUGCUCCUUCCCCGGCCUGUCCUUCAGGUCGCCCUGGGCUCACGGCAUGGUGUUCUGCUGGUGGAAGGAGGGCAGGUGUACAGUUUUGGGGAGUUGCCAUGGAAGCAGAGUCAAGUGCUCGAGCCGGAGAAGCCCACCCUGGAGAGUGCGCUCAGCGGACAGCGGGUGGUCGCUGUCGCAGCUGGAAGCUUCCACAGCGGGGCAGUGACAGAGGACGGUGGCGUCCACAUGUGGGGGGACAAUGGCUCGGGUCAGUGCGGCUUGUCGGGCCUCAGCACUGUCCCCAACCCGACUCCGGUCGCUCUGGUUGACUCGGACACCAGCCCCCCGCAGACGGUCCCAGUGCUGGAGCUGGCCUGCGGGGAGCAGCACACCCUGGCGCUGUCGGCCCAGCGGGAGGUGUGGGCAUGGGGCAGUGGUUGCCAGCUGGGCCUCAACGCCACCGUCUUUCCUGUCUGGAAACCACAAAAAGUUGAGCAUUUGGUGGGCAGGUAUGUAUUACAGGUGGCCUGCGGGGCUUCACACAGCCUGGCUCUGGUGCGCUGCCUGGGCCCUCAGGACAUCCACCGGCCCCCUGUGGACAAAUGCAGACAGUGUAACCAACUGCUGUAUACUAUGACGGACAAGGAGGACCAUGUCAUCAUCUCUGACGGUCACUAUUGCCCCCUCGGUGUGGAGCUCACUGAGGAUGAGGGCGUGCUGGAGGCGCCUGCUCCCACACAAGGGCUCAAAAUGUCCCCGUCAGAGCCAGUCCUCCCGUCCCACACCUCCACCUCAAACUCAGCAUCCCCGGCAUCUGCUAAAGGUGCCGACCCCUCCUCUGACCCCACUCACCAUCAGGACUCGGAGACAGAGGAAUCAGCCAUGGCUAACGGAGCGCUGCCAGCCUCAGACUCUGACCCCUCGGCUCAGUCCAACGGUGGUGUUGUUUUGGGGGUCAAGGGUUCACCCUAUCCAGAUGAGCAGGCUGUCAAAGACUACCUGAAGAAACUGUCAGACAACACACAGGCUGAGCAGACGGCUAAGGCGACCACAGGAGCACCAUACACUCUGCUGCCCUCAGCAGGAGGGCUCACCUCCUCCUCCCCCAGCUCCACGCUCAACAGCCUUGUGGCCUCCUGCGCCUCCGCAGUGGGCGAACGGGUCGCCUCCACCUACGAGGCCUUGUCCCUCAAAAAGAUGAUGAACUUGUACCUGCCCUCGGGAGUGUCGAAGUCAGGCGGGCCGGCGGGGCUCACGGGCGUCGUCCCGGGAGUGGGUGAUAACACCACAGAGCGGGUCCGCCAGGAGGACUCCACGCAGGCCAAGAAGAGCUCCAGCACAGGGGACAUCCGCGAGGAGGAGGCCGAGGGUCUGCGGCGCCGCCUCUCGCUCCCGGGACUCCUCUCACAGGGUAGAUACGCUGUUCACCUCUUAUCCUCCUCCUAUACCCUGCUGCUGUCCCCGCGACUGCUGAGGAAGGCCGGCCGUCCGAGGAUGCGUGCAGUCGCCCUCACCCCGCUGGGUGGGGCGGUCCCCGAGGCCCAGGAGGUGUUUCCCACCCUGCAGACGGAGGUGUGGAGUUGGGGCCAGUGCGAGCACGGACAGCUGGGACAUGGAGACAGCCUGGCCAGAUUACAGCCGCUGUGCAUCAAGAGUCUGAACAAUAAGGAGGUGGUGCGGGUGGCGGCCGGCGCUCAUCAUUCCCUUGCUCUGACCGCUCAGUCUCAGGUGUUUUCGUGGGGAAGUAACAGCUCUGGUCAGCUUGGACACAUGGAGUCACCCAGCACUGUCCCCCGCCUCGCAAAGCUCUCAGAGGGGAUCCGGGUCUGGGACGUAAGUGCUGGAGAGAGACACACCCUCCUGCUCGCCGACGGAGACUGCAUCCAGCCAAUCAUUUAUUACAGCGGACAGCAGGUGAAAGAGGGGGCGGAAGAGAGCCGAGUCAAGGAGCUGGGUCAGCAGGAAGAAGGGGAGGAAGAGGAGCAGCGGGUGGGCGGCUACACCCAGCAGCCUGUACUACUACCCUUCUGCAUGAACCUGCGUUACGUGAGCAAUGUGUUUGCGGGUGGCCAGCGGUGCGUGGCGCUCUCGGACAGGAACGUGAUGGGCUUCAUCGCCAGCCUCCACGAGCUGGCAUCAGCUGAGAGGAAGUUCUACUGCAAGCUGUGUAACAUCAAAACACAGAUAAUACGCCCCCUGCUGGAGCUGGAGUCUUUGAGUUCGGCCCUCGGCCAGGUGGCCCUCGGGCUCCUGCAGACUCUGGCGGGCCGAUUCAGCCUCUUGUGCCACCUAACCGGGCAGCACGCGGCCAGCCUCACCGCCAACCUGCGCCGCGGCCGCGAUGUCAAGAGCCUGCUCAUCCUCGACUACACCAGCAUCUUCCUCGACUCCUACCACGAGUACUGCAGCGCUGUGGGCAACUUCCAGGUGAUGGGAGGUUUCCAGACCCUGACCAAACCCUCACUAGAUUUCUUUGGGAAGAGUCCCGAGCUGCUUCAGAGGCUGUCAGAGUGCAGCGAGGACAACCCCGCCAUGGCCGACCUCUUGGUGGCGCUCUUCUACCUCCCAACUCGCCACCUUCACGAAUACGGCCGGCUGUUGCUCAAACUGGCCACCUGCUUUGAAGUGUGCUCCAAUGACUACCAGAAGCUGCAGGACAGCUGCUCCAAGUUCGAAGCUUUGGCCCUCCAGCUGAAGAGAAAAAGGAAGGACGCCGACUAUACCUUUCAUUUCUGGAAGAGCUUCCCCGGCAAAAUGACGGACUCACUGAGGAAGCCUCGCCGCCGGCUCAUCUGCGAGAGCAGCAACAAAGCUCUGACCCUGCAGAACGCCGGGAGGUUCUCCGUCAACUGGUUCAUCCUCUUCAACGAUGCUUUGGUCCAUGCACAGGGCGUGGCGCCUUGUAAAAAUCUUUUCUCCACCCAUCAUGUCUUCCCUUUGGCCACACUUUGGGUGGAGUCGAUCCCAGAGGAGAACACUGGCCUAUAUGGGUUAAAGGUGAUCUCACCAGAGGAGACGUUCACCCUGCUGGCCUCCUCUCCCAUGGAGAAGGCCAAGUGGCUUCGCUCCAUCAACCAGGCGGUGGACCAGGCCCUGAGUGGGGCGGGGCAGGACACAGCAUCAGUCAGCUCGGGGUCGGGGCAAAAGUUGGAGCCUCCAAUCUCCAGGACAGCCUCCUACACUUUUUAUAAGGACGGACGGCUGAAAGAGGCAACGUACGAAGGGCGCUGGCUCACCGGGAAGCCCAACGGCAGAGGAGUGUUAAAAUGGCCUGACGGGAGAAUAUACACAGGGGCGUUCAAGAACGGACUGGAGGAUGGCUUUGGUGAAUUUGUGGCUCCCAAUAAGACACUCAACAAGAACGAUCACUAUCAAGGUCACUGGAAAGAUGGCAAGAGGCACGGCCUGGGGACAUACAGGUACGCCAGCGGUGAAGUUUACGAUGGAUCCUUCCAGGACAGCAUGCGACACGGACACGGCAUGCUGCGCAGUGGCAAGCUCAACACAUCCUCCCCGAGUGUCUUCAUUGGCCAGUGGCUGCAAGACAAGAAGACCGGCUAUGGAGUCUUCGAUGAUAUCACAAAAGGGGAGAAAUACAUGGGCAUGUGGCAGGACCACCUGCGGCAGGGCACCGGGAUCGUCGUCACUCAGUUUGGCCUGUACUACGAAGGAGCCUUCAAAGAUAAUAAGAUGAUGGGCACCGGGAUCCUCCUGUCAGAGGACGACACCACGUACGAGGGGGAAUUCUCUGACGACUGGACCCUCAAUGGAAAGGGCGUGCUUACCAUGGCAAACGGUGACUACCUGGAGGGCUCCUUCAGUGGCGAAUGGGGCUCUGGCCUCAAAGUGGCGGGGUCCUACUUCAAACCACACCUGUUCGACACUGACAAGGAGAAGACCCGCGCUGUGAAGCUGGGGCGUCUGUGUGUGUGUGCUGAGGAUAAGUGGCAGGCGGUGUUUGAGGAGUGUUGGAGUCAGCUGGGCUGCGAGGCGCCGGGCCGAGGAGAGAACUGGAAGGCCUGGGAGAACAUCGCCGUGGCCCUCACCACCAGCCGACGACACAUCCAGGACAGUCCAGAGAUGUUAUCUCGAAGCCACAGCAGAACCCUGGAGAGUCUGGAGGUCAUACCGCAGCACGUGGGUCCGAUCACCAUGGAGCGAUAUCACACCAUCCACCUCUACCUCAUCAAGGCCUGUGACACGCCCCUCCACCCGCUGGGCCGGCUGGUGGAAACCCUGGUGGCGGUCUACAGGAUGACCUACGUGGGCGUUGGAGCGAAUCGCCGGCUGCUGCCUCAGGCUGUCAGCGAGAUCAAGUCGUACCUCAACCGCAUCUUCCAGAUCGUCAGGUUUCUUUUCCCAGACCUGCCAGAAGAGGGCGGUCUAAUUCCGGAGCCGACCACCAACCUCCAGGACAAGAGGGAGCCAGGCUCGACUGAUGCCCCGCUAGAGUCACCAAAACCUGGCCGUGUGGUGAGCAGCUCGGCUCUGCUGCUUCCCGUCCUCCUGCCUCGUCUCUACCCGCCGCUCUUCACCCUCUACGCUCUGGACAAGGAGAGAGAGGACGACGUCUACUGGGAGUGUGUCCUCCGCCUCAACAAGCAGCCUGACCUGGCCCUGCUCGCCUUCCUGGGCGUUCAGCAAAAGUUUUGGCCUGUUUCCACCCACGUCUCCACGCCUGCGCUGGGGGAGAAGCAGCAGGUCCUCUCCAGCACCAAGGACGCCUGCUUCGCCUCUGCAGUGGAAACACUACAACAGAUCAGCACAACGUUCACCCCAUCAGACAAGCUGCAGGUGAUCCAGCUCACCUUUGAGGAGAUCACCCAGGAGGUUCAGGCGCUGCUGAAGCAGGACUUCUUGUGGUCGAUGGACGAACUUUUCCCUGUCUUCCUCUAUGUGGUGCUGCGUGCACGAAUCAGGAACUUGGGGUCAGAGGUCAGCCUGAUCGAAGACCUGAUGGAUCCCUGCGUACAGCACGGAGAGCACGGCAUCAUGUUCACCACACUCAAGGCUUGUUACUACCAGAUCCAGCAUGAGAAGAUCACUUAAGACGAGCGUGGCGUUAGUUCCUCUGUGAUCUGCAUGCUGCCGUCCAACCUACCAUCACAGCCAAUCGCAGGGCCAGGAUCACCAAGGCAUCAGGGAGAGGGAUGUGUGCAGCAGCCAAUGGGAAGCAGAGGAUUAUAUGAACAGGUUGCCGACAGUUCCAUCUGCUGCUGUUAUGGAGACGGGACCACCUCCUCCCUCUCUGACACACAAACACUCUUUUCCCUUUCAGUGACCUCUGCUGGCCUCUUACCCACAGAUCAUGACACGUGAAUGCUGUCUGAGCCACUUCAUACCGUCCAGUGUAAAACAGCAGAAAGACUGACGUGACUUACUGAUGUAGGUGACGUUGUUACCUGGAAAAAGAGUUAUUUUUUUGUGCCAGUGGGAGUGGCAUGUUCUCUGGUUUCUCUGCUCACAGUCAGCAUACUGUGAGAUACCGGACCUCAUUUUUCUUCCUUCAGAAGAAUACAUUUUUCAGCAUGAAAAACAACUUUUUGGCAGAGCGAGACGAUCCGUCACAGAAGAAACGCGUUCCUUUUUAGCCUUCAGUGUUUCGGGAGGUUUCACUUCUUGUUAUUCACCCACACGAAGCAACGGACGUAACAAGAAAAUAAUCUCCUAAAAGCAUGUCGCUUUAUAAACUGACCAGCUUUCCAUUUUGGUGUCUUUAUCAUCUGAGACAGCGGUAUGUUUACAGCUAGCUCAGUUUUCGAACGGUUUCUUUAAUCCAAAACUCUACUUCAACAAGCGACACAAAGGUGAGAUUUAUGCUUUAUCAAGUGUUUUCAAACAGUAUUUUACGGUUUUACAAGAGAAAAGACUUGAAGGAUGAAGACUAACUGGUUGGUUUGGCAAAUGCACAUCUGGUUUACUUUCCCACCUCCAAUAAAGAGCAGGUCACAGCCACUUCCCUGAGCUUUGCUAUGGGAACCAUAGGGGCUAGUUUACAGCUAGGUUUGAUCCUGCAUUAAUACAAAUCCUGUACAGCAUGCUUUGGGUAAACUCUAAAGGAUAUUGAUAUUCUUCUGUUGCACCAGCUGGCUGCGGAAUACAGUUAAACCUAGUUAGUGGCUAAAUUAGCUAAACCAGGCUGAGAAAAUUGCCUCUUUUAAAACUUUGCAGGAACAACGAGCAAAAGCCAAGCGCAGGGAAAAGAGAUGUUUUUCCUAGACAAUCUGAGAGCCGCUCGUGUGUUUCUGAGCCCAGUUUUCAGUCUUCAAAAUCUGAAAAGUAUGGGGUUAAAAUUGGGGUCUUUAGCAGUUUGUGAAUUGACAAAAAAAGUAAACCACCAAAUCGAAACUUAUUGUUCUUAAUUGCCAUUACACAUCGUUACUGUUCAGUAAAAAUUAUGCAUCUCCAGAGUUGAAAAGUUUUGGAGAUGCAUGUUUGUUUUUUCUUUACAGGACAACAUGUUUCGAUCCUAAUGUACUCAUGUUGUGGUUUGUAGUGUUGUGAACUGCAAUCAUCAGUGUAAAGUAUCAAGUUUGAACUGCAGGUACCCCUAAUUGUUUUGUGGAUAACACAGUGUUCACUGCACAUUUUUCAUGAAACUAACCACCAUUUGAAGGUCUUAAAAUCUGUUGAUCUGUAAAAUACUGAAUGCAAAAGGUAAAGAUUUGGAUUUUUCCUGCUGCAGGUGAUGUUUCAGCAGAGAGCGAGGCAGUCGGCUUAAUGCAAACACUGUUUUUAUAGAUAUGAUGUUCAAAGCUGAUCUGUUAAUGCUAACUGUUCUUUUUUUAAACCAUUUACAGCACUGUCAGAUAUUGUUGCUUAUUUGAGAUUUGCGUCACACAUGACAGUUUAUAAAAGGGCUUAAGAGGGGAUUCAGAGGACUGAGCCUUUUUUUAUUAUCAUUAUAUCACAGCUUUUGUUUUCUCCGAUGGUUUAACAAUAGAAAAGCCAGUGGAUCAGAGGCCUUUUUUUGAAGGGACUAAAUUUAGGUGAAGCUGCUGUUUUUCCCUGCAGGAUUUUGAAAAUCUAGCAACAGAAAAUGGUUUGACUUUAGAUCAAAAUUUAAAGCUGCUGCCUAAAACAUUGCUAAAACAUUGCUCUUCGGCUGUGAUACCUAAACUGAUAAAAAGUUCAAGUUUGAUACAUUUUGAUGACUGUUUUUAUUUGGAAAUGUUGGGACAAGGUCACAUGCGGUCAUAAUGCUUUUGCAAAUGAAUUCGCCCAAAAUGGAAACAAUUAUAAUUGAAACCAUGCUUCAAUCUGACAAUGCAGUGAAUCUCAGACAUUAUGUAGUAAACAUCUCAGUGUAUAGCGUUUUGAAUUGGGCCUCGCAUACUUUUGUGACUUUAAAACUAUUGUGAUAAUGCUCUUCCAUCCCUGGUUAUGAGCUCUUGUUACCGCUGAGACCAUAUGUGCCUGACACUUAAAGCAGUGAAGCAAUAUCGUCUUUCUAACUGAGGAGUUUACUCCCAAAAUGCUAUGGACACACUUUGGGCAAAAAAAGGAAAACCAGAAGUUAUGUGCUGUUCUUUAAAACAAAUCUUUAUUUGACUGACAAGACAAGACUUCUUCAGUAUGUUGUGUAGAUGUGCUUGUGAUUAUUUUCUGUUAUUUUUCUCAUCUAUAUACUAUUAUUUUCCAAUGUCACUAAUGCUCCUCUUAACACAAUCUGAAGGAUGCUGCCACUUAAAACGAAGGACAAACUAAUAUUUUAAGUAAUAAAGCACAACUGACAUGCAAACCAAACUAAUAAGGCAGAACUGGACAUUUAUUGUAAUGGUUUUACCCCAACUGACUCACUUACAUGAAGUGCUGUUUUAAAUCCAAACUGAAUGGUUAUAAAUAUAAACUGAAGAUAAUGCUCAUAAGCUCAAGUUGGGUUCAUGUGACAACUGUUAAGGUAAUUUACUGUACCUCAACACCUGUUCACUAUUAAAACGCCCCACACAGGUCAUACUGUUGCAUUGUGUGUAAAACAGACUGUUUUGUCAAUGGACUUUGGUGUUUAUUAGUUGACAUUUUGUGUUUCAGCUGGCUGACAUGACUCUCACCUGUGUGUCUUUUACAUGAUUUCAAAUGUAUUAUACCUUUAAAUAAUAACAAACUGCAAUAAACUCAUUUGAUGGACGUUGCUAACUAA